UACGAGUUAAAGCCUUCAACCGAACAAAAAAAAAAAAGUCAUCCCAACCAAAAAGCCAUUCAAAACAACAUCGGAAUCUAAGAUACACCAAACCUUGUUAUGCUCGAAUCCGAAGUUGUCCAAAACCUAAUCCUCGUAAUAAUCCUUGUAUAAUCCGAAAUUCUCCGUCUACUUUUUUUUGUUUGGUUUCCGGAGAUUUUGUCGUAGAGGGAUCCCUCUGGUGUAGGAUUGUGUGUAUCUUCGGCGAUGGAAGCUGUUUCGGAUCAAGACACUAGUAUAUGCACUCACUGUGAUCGGGCUAUUCCUGCUGCAAAUAUUGACUUGCAUUAUGCUCAUUGCUCUCGGAAGCUUGAAAAAUGCAAAGUUUGUGGUGAUAUGGUUCCCAGAAAAAAUGCGGAGGAUCACUAUCUAAGCACCCAUGCACCGGUUUCUUGUUCAUUAUGCAGUGAGACAAUGGAGCGUGAUAUUUUAGAUAUCCAUAAAGGUGAAAAUUGCCCUCAAAGGAUUGUCACUUGUCAGUUCUGUGAGUUUCCAUUGCCAGCAAUUGAUCUGGCCGAGCAUCAGGAAGUAUGCGGGAAUCGAACAGAGCUUUGUCACCUUUGUAACAAAUAUGUUAGACUGCGUGAAAGAUUCAGCCAUGAAGCUCGAUGCAAUGGCAUCCAAGAUAGUUCUGUGGGUACUUCAAGGAAUGUGAGGGAAGCUGAGAGAGAGCAAGGUGCUAGAAGAAGGCCGCCGCCGCCACAGAAUGACUUCUCAACUAAACGCCUUCUUUUCACAAUAGCCAUCACUGGUAUUGCUGUCAUACUGGGAUCUUUUUUUCUACAGAGGAAAGCAGAUCCCAGUGACGUGCAUUAGCAACAAAGUCAAAACAUUUUAGGAUCCUGCAUUUUCUGUAUAAUCCAUUCCCCUGCAUCAGAAGCCGGAUGAGAUAUACUUUUGCUAAUGUGAUGUAUUGGAAGUGUAUAACACAUCGGCAUUGUCAUUUUAUAAAAUAUAUAUUUAAUUAUAGACUCAUUGAAAAUGACUGUAGCUCUGCAUUUGAUGACAAUAAUUGAAAGUUUUAGGAAAUCUUCUGUUCUUUUUUAUUUAUUAUUAUAUGAUACUGUUAGAAAUUGAACACUCUGCUAAGUGCUAAGGAUUCUGUUAAAGACCUUGGCCAUAGGUUAUUGUUGUAUCACGGUCGUUAAAGCAUGGGUAAAGGUCAUUUUAAUGUA